AUGUUCAUGUUUAUGUAGUCUAUUACUGAUACAUUUGACUGAUGAAUAACAAUACAUACAGUGAUUUACUCCACGAUGGAGCCGUUAGUAGUUGCUAUGGUUACACUCAUAUGAAAACAACUUUUUCCGUUAGCGUUUGUCUGCUAAACAUAUACUCCAUGACCAUGCAUUUGAACUAAAACCAUUAUGUUUUUUAGGGGGGUUCGAGUGUUAAAUCGAGGAACCUGAUUCCCUCAACCCCCCGAUUGUUCGCAACCUCGUACAGUUAGCAAACUCAUUCAUAUAAACAGUUCGACUGUCACAUGUGGGCGGUGCUCGCUGUAACUUCAGAGUGACGUGAUGAGGCUGGUCUUGGUCAAACCUACCAAUGAAACGGGCCUCCUUGACUCCACCGGGGCUGCGCGGAGCGAAAGGGUGCCGGAUCAUUGCAACGCAAAGCGGCACUCCGCCGCAGGUGAGGCGGGGAUGCAGCAUCGCUACUCGGGAGCCGUCCAUCAGCACCACCACCAGCACGCGGAGCACAGGGGUGGCCCUAGACAAACCGCACUCCCCUUGCCAAAACACAGCCAAGAGAGUCUGCCCAGCCCUUUCAGUCAGGAAGCACCAGUCAAAAGCCAAGGGAGCAACCCAAGUCUCGCAGACUGUUCGAAACCCAGCCUAAGUCGGCAGCAGAGUGUUGGAGGGGCUGCCAAAACUGCGAAUUGCCAACAAGAUCAUCACUGUUCGUGCAGCUGCGAAUCGCACGAGCAUCAGCAGCUGUUGCAGCAUCAGCAUCACAAGCCUCCACCUUCCCUCCAGCUACAGGUCCAGCAGCAGCGGCUGUUGAGGAGCAGCCUGCCCAACUGCUGCGUGAGGGGAUCCGCGGAGCUGAGAAGUCAGCAGCCGCAGCAGCGAGACAGCGUCAGCCUGAGAUCCGGCGAUCCAGCUCAUCACGCCCGUGCAUGCACGCCUGAUAGAUGCCAGGGAGCCAGGAACUCCGUUUCUCCGCGGAGUAAAAGCAGCCCGCUGUCGUCUGACAGUCGCCUGUGGCUCGAGGAGAAUAAACACAGACACGAAGGCUAUAAGGUGAAUGCGGAUGCCAACAGGCUGAGCCAUGCUGGAUCGCGGCCUUCCCUGUCCCACGGCGGCCCACAGUAUCCUCAGAUAGCCAUGAACAGCUGCAAGUACAAUGGGGGCAUAGUCAGACCACUCGGCAGUCUGGGGGCGUCCCGGAGGAACCUCGCAGAGCUGGACUCUGAGACUCAGCCUUUGCAGACGCUGCACACGUCUGGUCUGGAGGUAGUGGUCUCCAAAGGGAACGGGGAAGAUCCUAGUAAGCAGUCUAGUGAGAACCUGGUGACGCAGAGACCGUGCAGCGCGCCGCAUAAGAAGAACAAGGACAUUGGCUAUAAACUCGGCCAUCGGAGGGCGCUGUUCGAGAAGCGCAAGCGCCUUAGUGACUACGCCCUGAUCUUUGGGAUGUUUGGGAUUGUUGUGAUGGUGACGGAGACUGAACUCUCCUGGGGAGUUUAUACAAAGGAAUCCUCAUAUUCAUUUGCACUGAAAUGCCUUAUUAGCCUCUCCACUGUAAUUCUACUCUGUCUGAUCAUUAUGUACCACGCAAGAGAGAUCCAGCUCUUCAUGGUGGACAAUGGAGCAGACGACUGGCGGAUUGCCAUGACGUACGAGCGGAUCCUCUUCAUCGUUCUGGAGCUGCUGGUGUGCGCCAUCCACCCCAUCCCAGGCCAGUAUGUGUUCACGUGGACGGCGCGCCUGGCCUUCACCUACUCGCCAUCGGUGGCGGACGCAGACGUGGACAUCAUCCUGUCCAUCCCCAUGUUCCUGCGCCUCUACCUGAUCGGCCGCGUGAUGCUCCUUCAUAGUAAACUCUUCACAGACGCCUCGUCGCGCAGCAUCGGAGCCCUCAAUAAAAUCAACUUCAACACGCGCUUCGUCAUGAAGACCCUCAUGACCAUCUGCCCCGGCACCGUCCUGCUGGUCUUCAGCAUCUCGUCCUGGAUUAUCGCCGCCUGGACUGUGCAUGUCUGCGAGAGAUAUCACGAUAAAGUGGAAGUCACCAGUAACUUCCUGGGAGCCAUGUGGCUGAUCUCCAUAACCUUCCUGUCGAUCGGGUAUGGAGACAUGGUGCCUAACACAUACUGUGGGAAGGGAGUGUGUCUCCUCACAGGAAUCAUGGGGGCCGGGUGCACUGCUCUCGUGGUGGCUGUCGUAGCCAGAAAACUAGAGCUCACCAAGGCUGAAAAGCAUGUCCAUAACUUUAUGAUGGACACUCAACUCUGCAAAAGAGUGAAAAACACGGCUGCUAAUGUACUCAGGGAAACAUGGCUAAUCUACAAACACACAAAGCUUGUGAAGAAGAUUGACCAUGCCAAGGUCCGCAAGCAUCAGCGCAAGUUCCUGCAGGCCAUUCACCAACUUCGAAGUGUGAAGAUGGAGCAAAGGAAACUGAAUGACCAAGCAAACACGCUGGUGGACUUGGCAAAGACACAGAAUGUGAUGUAUGACCUGGUAUCAGAACUGCAGGAGCGCAGCGAGGAACUUGAAAAGCGAAUCGGUCACCUCGAGACAAAACUGGACUCCAUAAACAGCAGUCUGCAGGCUCUGCCCGGCCUGCUCUCACAAGCCAUACAGCAGCAGCAGCACCACCUGCUGGACGGGCUGACCCAGCGCGGAUUCACCCUCACGAGACCCUCCUCGCAGACCUCCGAACGCUCCUGGGCGUCCUCAGUGCACCGGCGGAGAUCACCCUCUACCGCACCACACACGUCCUCAGAUAGCGGCUAGCACGCUCUCACACACUCGAAACCAUACUCGAAACCUACACACACACUCCCACACACCUCUGUCAUCAACUAACACUGCUAAAUAUACUUUUAGUACUAAAACGUUAAACCAAGAAUGAUUCCUUUCAACACACCACACUGGAAUAAAAUGUAACGAAUUAACACAUCAUGGUAGAGAUAUGGUUUAUGUUUAGCCAUUGUAUGGCUGUUUAAAGUUAGCUUUUUUGUAAAGCCCUUGUAUAGUAUGGACUGGAUUCUGACUGCAGGGGGUGGAAUGGAUUUUAUAUAGAGAGAUCUAGUUUCGAAGCAUAGCAUGAAAUGGAGCUAAACCCCUGAAAAUACUGACGACUGAGAAGAAAGGAAAAAUGUAAGAGGUCACCUGAAAAAUUGCUGUUUGGAACAGCAUACUAGCAUAUUACUUGUUGCUGCUGCGGCAUAUAUUUGUAUUCAAAAAAGUCCAUAUACAUAAAACGCCCUACUUACAUUUGUCAAUCAUAUUCCACAAUGCAAUGCACUCAACGUAAUGUCAGACUAGUAUUUUAACAUCGGUUUUUGGAUCAGUCAGUAAUUGGAAUACUUUAAGAUCAAUUGAAUUAACCCUCUGGUUAUCUUUGGUCCAUUUUUUAAUUUUAGAUAUUUGUGGCACUUAAAGACGUAGUUCACACAUAAAAUAAAACUCACCCUUGUUGCAAAUGAGUUUGAGUUUCUUUCAUCUGUUAAGAUAUCUUGAAAAAAACUUUAAACAAUUGACUUGAAAAGACAAAUGGAAGUUAGCAGAAACAGGUUUGUAGUCAAUAUAUCUUCUUUGUGUUUUAAAAAAUAAAGAAACUCAAACUGAUUUGCAUAAAGUAAAGGACGAGUUAUAUUUGUGAGUAAAUGAUGACAGAAUUUCAUUUCUUUGGGUGAACCUACCUUUAAUAUACACUACCUGACAAAAGUCUUGUUAUCAAUCUAAGAGCCACAAAUAAUAACUUGACUUCUAAGUGAUCAUUUGGAAAAGUGGCAGAAGGUCGACUGUUGAACUGCAUCCCAGUCAUCACAAAUACUGCAGAAGACAUAUUGCAACCCGCAUAGACCCGAGAUUCUCACAAAAAUCAGUCAAGUUUGGUGAAGGAAAAAUCAUGGAUUGGGGCUACAAUCAUUAUAGGGACGUGCGGGAGAUCUGCAGAGUGGAUGGCAACAUCAACAGCCUGAGGUAUCAAGACAUUUGUGCUGCCCAUUACAUUACAAACCACAGAAGAGGGCAAAUUCUUCAGCAGGAUAGUGCUUCUUCUCAUACUUCAACCUCCACAUCAAGGUUCCAGAAAGCAAAGAAGGUCAUGGUGCUCCAGGAUUGGCCAGCCCAGUCACCAGACAAGGACAUUAUUGUGCAUGUCUGGGGUAAGAUGGAGGAGGCUUUGAAGAUGAAUCUAAAGAAUCUUGAUGAACUCUGGAAGUCCUGCAAGAACGCUUUCUUUGCCAUUCCAGAUGAUUUUAUUAGUAAGUUAUUUGAGUCAUUGCAGAGAUGUAUGGAUGCAGUCCUCCAAGCUCAUGGGAGUCAUACACAAUAUUAAUUCUUUUUCCACUGCACUAUGACUUUAUAUUCUAUACUGUACAUUAUUUCUGUUAAGUGACAAGACUUUUGUCUAAGCAAAGUCAGACCUUACUGUCCUAAUUAAAUAAUUAAAAAUUAAGGCAUGAUCAUAUUUUAUUUAGCUAAAAGAAGCAUAAUCUAGAGGGCUUUCCCUUUCAUAUAAGCCACUUCUGACCCUAAAUAAUUAACUAGAAGUCAAGUUAUUUGUUGUUCCUAAAACUUGGAUAGGCGACAAGACUUUUGUCAGGUAGUGUAUAAAUGUAAUAAAAAAUAAAUAAAAAAAAAACACGAACAUGAUGAGAACUGGCUAAAUGAACUUGACAUUAUUCACACUUGUAAUGACAAGUGUAUAAGUUCUAUAUAAAUGAGAAUAUAGAAAUCCAAAUGUCUAAAUGUAGUGUUUGCACCUUAAAAGAAGGUUUUCCAUUUAUUUAAUUUAAACCCCUUAUUAAACCACUGAUGAUAAUAUCAAUUUCUUUCCAGUAUUUCUAAUAUCGUCUAGCACCGACAUCCCCUCCAAAUACAAAAUAUUAAAUAAAGCAACAAAUACAGUUUGUUAUUUGGAUUAAUAUUGCACCUUUUAGUCUGUCAGUGUGAGUCCCAAGUGAGGAGAAACCAGAGGGUUAAAAGUUUUCCAAAAUCCAAGUGGGAAGUAACUUGUUUUUAUGACAACAAUAAUGUCCAAUUUAGAGAUUUGGAUAAGAAGUAAACAGUGUGCAGUGUUUGCUGUGCAGCGUUCAGUAAGUACUAUGCUGGUAUUAUAUUCUGUUGGAUAGAAUUGUCAUUGAAUUAUUGAGCUCAUAAGAGCAAUGGAAGGGCUUUUGGAAGAAUAGGGGCUUAAUUUAUUCAGACAUUUAAAAAAUGUGGGCAGUGCAGUGGCUCAGUGGUUAGCACUGUUGCCUCAUAACAAGAAGGUUGCUGGUUUGAGUCCUGGCUGGGCCAGUUGGGAUUUCCAACAUAGGCUCAUUCUGAAAAUGUAACCCUAUAUACAUUUCUGGAGAUCAGGAAAUAUGUAGCCAGAGUUAUGUAUGGCUGCAUUUCAUCUUUAAAACGAACGCUACGGGGUGGUAUGACGUCAUUCCUUUUCUUGCUUAACAGCUGACCGAUUACCUUCAUAUGGACGGCUUUUCCGCUGUUACAAGUUUGUCCGGUAGCUCGACAUGUACGUUGGUGGACUUGAGACGCAGAGAGAAGUUGACCACGACAGUGGGGUUUGAGUCCAGUGAAGAACUGUUUCAGAAAGUGGGUAAGACAAAUACAAAAGCUAAAAACUAAAAUAAACAAAUAACAGGGUGAGAAUGUGGUAAAAUCUGAAAACGUGGUAAAAAUCAGGGUUCUUUUCUUUUUCUGGAUUGCUUUUUAAAACACUGCAGUUGGGUGG